AUGGACAAACUCAGGUCGGUUUUAGGUGGGAAUGACGGAGGUGGUAGCUCUCGGAACAUUUUACAGGCGGCAGAUGAAGCCUCCACUCUCGGAUGGGGCACGCGAGUGAAAGGAUUCCUUGUUUGUAUGGUCAUUGGAAUUGUAUGCUCAGUGUUGGGAGUGUGUUGCCUGUUUAUCCCCAAAAUUGGUUUAAUUCUGUUUAUCGUGUUUUACACAUUCGGGAAUAUUUGCUCCCUUGCCAGCACCAUGUUUCUGAUGGGACCAGUGAAACAACUGAAGAGGAUGUGUGAUAAGACCAGAGCAUUUGCCACUGUUGUCAUGAUUACAUGUCUUGUGUUGACUCUCUGUGGAGCCUUUUGGUGGAAGAUCUUUGGUCUUACUUUGCUGUUUGUCAUUUUACAAGUCAUUGCAUUUGCAUGGUAUGGUUUAUCAUACAUCCCAUUUGCAAGAGAUGCUGUACUGAAGUUUUUCUCCAUGAUGUGUUCCAUGUGUAUGAAGUGA